AUAAAUCCAAUCAUCAAAGAUCGUUUAUCCAUGGCUAUUUCUAGAGAUGGAUGUGGGACAACAAAAGCAUGUUUAUUCAAACCAGCCGGUUGUGAUCCAAACCUGGACUGUACAAUUGGUCUGAUUUUCUUCGUUGUUGGACCAAAUAAACUUCGAGUGGAAAUGGUCGCUACCUCACUAAUCCCGGCAGUUCAACAACAAUACAUCGCCAUUGGGUUCUCAAAUGAUAAUACUAUGGGAGAAGACUUUGUGACCGAAUGCGUUAUGAGUGAUAUGGGACAGUUCGCUAGCUGGGAGCCUGAAGUAUUUGUUUCCUACAAUCACGGAAACUCCAAUGAUCGCGUGUUCUUAAACGAUGAUGAACAUCGCACAUUUUUCUCAAACAUCUCAUCGCAAGUUGUUGAUGGUCGUCUUGUAUGUCAAUUCACUCAACAAAUCAUUCCACAAAUUGACAGAAAGAAUGGUCAUAUAUGGAGUUUGGAUAAGAGCUAUUAUAUCUUAGGAGCUACUGGAUCUGCACAACCAGACGGUACAUAA